UGUAGAAUUUAUUUAUAUACUUUUAUCAAAAUUACGAGAGGUUGAUGUUAAAACGAACAGUAAGCAAUAAAUAAGUUGCAUCGAGAGAAUGGAGGGACUCAGAAGAGUCUUAAGUGGAUAUGUCGUGCGAGCCACAAGAAAACAUACUGCUACUGUAUUUUGUUUUCAUGGUUCUGGUGACACAGCAGAAAAUUUCUCAGAAUGGAUUCAUAUUCUUAAUAGAGAAAUUCUACAGUUUCCACAUAUAAAAUUAAUUUAUCUUAGCGCACCUAGUCAACCUUACACACCUAACAAUGGAAUGAUGCAAAAUGUAUGGUUUGAUCGUACAGCAAUAUCUAUUCAAGUUCCAGAACACUUAGAGUCAAUUAAUUCCAUGUGUGAAAAUGUAUCAGAAUGGAUUGACAAUGAAAUAAAUGAUGGAAUUCCGUUUAAUAGAAUAAUUCUGGGUGGAUUUUCGAUGGGUGGCUGUCUUGCAUUGCAUUUAGCAUAUAGAUACCGACCAACCAUAGCUGGUUGUUUCGCUAUGUCUUCCUUCCUCAACAAGGGUUCUAUAGUUUAUGAGCAUUUGAAAAUGAAACCAGAAUUUAACAAGGUACCACUUGUUCAAUAUCAUGGUACAGCAGAUACUUUGGUUCCUAUUAAAUGGGGUGAAGAGAGCGCUAAGAAUCUGAAAGAUCUUGGAGUAAACGUGAAAUUUAUGCCGCUGCAAAAUAUGGAACACGAGUUGAGUCGUGAAGAGAUCCAAAAUUGGAAGGACUGGCUCCUUCAAAUCUUGCCAGAUGAAUAAUAUUCAAAUUGUUAAAUAUUAAAAUCAUUGUUGAUAUACUAUAAUCAAGGCUGUAAAAUGAUGUAUACUUGUUUUUAGAAAUAUAUCUAAGGUAGGUGUUAUGUAAUGAUAGCAAUAAAAAUUAAGUUUGAAUUACGAUACAACGUAAGAGUCAUAUCAAUUGAUAAAGGAGUGAUAAAUUUAAGAAAGACCCUGACUCCUGUAUGCAGCAAGAUGAAUUGUGUCAUUAUGUCAUAUUGGGUGAUUAUAUGGUACGUGCAUGUCAUGAAUAAUGUUAAUUCACAAGAUCGAUAAAUUGACCCCGACCUUCAAAAUAUUUAAAU